CCGUGGCGAGGGGGAUGCCGGCGGGGGUGCUGGUGGGGUCCGGUCCCCGAGGCCCCGCUGCUGCUCCUGCCUCCUCCUUCCUCCCCGGACGGCGCUCCCCGGGGCAGCUGGUCUUCCUCUCCCUGCAAGCCCUCUGCGCCGGAUCUUGGCAGCAGCACCAGCACCAGCACCAGCAGCAUCCUCUCGCUCCUCCCGGGCCUUGGCCUCGGCGGCGCCCGCAGCACCAGCAGCACCCUCCUCCUCCUCUUCUUCCUCCGCAGCAUCCUCCUCCUCCUCCUUGGCACCCUCCUCCGCGGAGCCUCCCGGACUGCGGCGCCGACUGGCCCCCCAAGAUCAGGGUCCGCUCCAGGCCGGGCUGCCCCUGCUGCCAGCCCCGACCCGCCUUGGUCCGCACCGGCUUCUCCCUCCUCCACCAGCCCUCCUCCUCGGCACAACUGCUCCCACCACUAGGCACCCAGGCCAGCAGCAAGCAGGCGGUCCAUGCUGACCCUCGAACCCUGAGCCAUGCCGGAUUCAAGUGUGCCGCCGCCGCUGCCGCCGCCCCUGCCCAGCCCAGCCCUUUUGCGGAGAUAGCCAUGAACAGCUGCAGGUACAACGGAGGCGUCAUCCGUCCCCUCAGCAGCCUCAGCGCCUCCUCCCACCGCAACGUCCACGAGUUAGAUGCUGAAACGCAGCCGCUCCAGACCUUCCACGACUCAGGCCUGGAGGUGGUGGUCUCCAAGGGCGAGCACGGCAAGGCCUCAGACGGAUGCCCAGAAGAAGACGCCGAGGCCCACCCCCCCGGUCACAAGAAGAACCAAAACAUCGGCUACCGGUUGGGUCACCGGCGGGCCCUCUUUGAGAAGCGGAAGCGGCUGAGUGACUACGCCCUGAUUUUUGGCAUGUUUGGCAUCGUGGUGAUGGUGACGGAGACGGAGCUGUCCUGGGGGGUCUACACGAAGGAGUCUUCAUAUUCAUUCGCCUUGAAAUGCCUUAUCAGUUUGUCUACCAUGAUUCUCCUGGGCCUCAUCAUCAUGUACCAUGCGCGAGAGAUCCAGCUCUUCAUGGUGGACAACGGCGCAGAUGACUGGCGUAUUGCCAUGACGUAUGAGCGGAUCUUCUUCAUCAGCUUGGAGCUGAUUGUCUGCGCCAUCCACCCCAUCCCUGGACAAUACUUCUUCACCUGGACCACCCGCUUGGCCUUCACCUACACCACUUCAGAGGCUCACACUGACGUGGACAUCAUCCUCUCCAUCCCCAUGUUCCUUCGGCUCUACUUGAUUGGGCGGGUCAUGCUCCUCCAUAGCAAACUCUUCACCGAUGCCUCCUCCCGCAGCAUCGGGGCCCUCAACAAGAUCAACUUCAACACCCGCUUUGUCAUGAAGACCCUCAUGACCAUCUGCCCUGGGACUGUCCUCCUGGUCUUUAGCAUCUCUUCCUGGAUCAUCGCUGCCUGGACCGUCCGUGUCUGCGAGAGGGACAAACUGUACCACGACAAACAGGAUGUGACCAGCAACUUCCUGGGUGCCAUGUGGCUCAUUUCCAUCACCUUCCUGUCCAUUGGCUACGGGGACAUGGUCCCACACACCUACUGUGGCAAAGGGGUCUGCCUGCUCACCGGAAUCAUGGGGGCUGGGUGCACGGCCCUUGUGGUUGCUGUCGUUGCUCGGAAACUCGAACUCACCAAAGCCGAGAAACACGUCCACAAUUUCAUGAUGGAUACGCAACUAACCAAGCGGGUGAAAAACUCGGCCGCCAACGUACUCAGGGAAACAUGGCUCAUCUAUAAGCACACAAAGCUGGUGAAGAAAGUCGACCAUGCCAAAGUGCGGAAACACCAGCGUAAGUUCCUCCAAGCCAUUCAUCAAGCCCAGAAGUUGAGGAGCGUGAAAAUGGAGCAACGGAAGCUGAGUGACCAGGCAAACACGUUGGUGGAUUUGUCUAAGACGCAGAAUGUGAUGUAUGACAUGGUGUCCGAACUGCAGGAACGCAAUGAGGACCUGGAGAAGCGUAUCACUGUCUUGGAGGGCAAAAUUGACCUAUUGGGACUCACCCUCCAUGCCCUUCCAGGCCUUGUUAGCCAAGCCAUACGUCAGCAGCACCGGGCCCUGGCCCGCACAUGCGGCAACUCCAACAGCUCCGAACGCUCCUCCUGGACUCCCACCCGGCGGCGGAAAUCUCCCUCCACCGCCCCCCACACAUCUUCGGACAGCGGCUGAUGGCACCUCACCUGCCCGGCCCCGUUCGCUCCUUUGCGCAUCUAGAUAUCUAUAUCUAUGGCCAUUGUGUGGCCGGUUUUUUCCUCCCCUCUCAGAGCUUUUUUUCUGGAAAGCCCUGUACAGUUCAGACGACAACCUCCCGGAUGCUUUUGCCCUGAGAUGGACGCAGGUGCGAGAGGGGCGAUGGAGGCUCCCAUGGAUGCGCAGGACGGGCUGACAUUCCGGGCCAGUUCCAAUGCAACAUCCCACAAAGCCAUUUCUUCUGUUUAAAAAAAUUAAAUCCUGAUGUUGUUGGGGGAGGGUGAAGGUUGGGGAACCCCUGUUUAAAAAUGUCAUGCAGAUCCAUUGUAGAAAAGGAGAAGGAAAUUUGAGGUUCAGGGUGGUGGAAGGGGGCAGGAGGGAUGGAUAAGGUUGUAGCCUGGUUCUUGGUGAGUUUGUAAUGGGAUUGAAAACUGAAACAUGGUAUUCUCUCCUGACUAAGCUCUGCAGCUUUAAAUGUUGGACUAGUACUAAGGCAGGGGUGGGCAACUCUUUGAGGGCCAAGAGCCAAAUCCCCCCCAGUCCUUCCAUGGGCUGUACCUCUUCCCACAGGAAGCCCAAGUCCCCCCAUUUUCCUCUGUGGCCCUUCUCAAAAUGGCUGUUCUCAGAACAAUUAAUAAUCCAUUUGCCCACCCUUUUGCUAAAAAAAAAAAAAAGGGAAAUCCAUUCUACAUCUCUCCAGAAUGAGCAAGAAAAAGAAGGAAAUUAUUUCUUCAAAAACCCACAAGAUCUUAACAAGAUGCUGCUGUUCGUGGCGGAGGGUUGGUGCUCUAGUACCACUGAUGUGGCGUCUUCUGAGAUUUUAACAGUAUUUUAAUACGUACCAUAGUUGGUUCUAGCAUUAAGGAAACGCACACUCUCUUGGCAGAACCAGCAAGGAAUGGAAAUCUUUUUCUUUUCUUUUUAGGGGAAAAAAAAGAGAAGAGCAGAUCUCAAUAAUACGUUGGAAGCAGGAAGCUGACAUGGUUACAUCCCAGUUCAUGAAAGAGUAAGCUCUGUUUUCUGGGAUUUGAAUGAUAUUUGAAACCGUGGGCAGGUCUGAUGCGAAAGAAACACACAUUUGUCAUUUUUUAAAAAGAUUAGGCAAU